AUGAAUGCAACUUCUGCAGCAGCAGCAGCAGCUGAUGCUGCAGCAGCAGCAACUACUGCUGCUGCGCUUUCGUCAGCAGCAGGAACGCCUGCAGCAGCAGCAGCAAAUUGCAGCAGCAGCGAUGCAGUUGCUGCUGCACCAGUAGACGAUGUAAUCAUAAGUGUUAAUUUUCUGCGUCAUGCAGAGGGUAGUCACAACGUAGGGGCACGCGACAGGCCUGCUGGUCGCAGCUGCUACUGGGUGUAUUCGCAGCAGCAGCACUUUGACGCAGAUUUAUCUGAAGCAGGUUUGCUGCAGGCGCGAGCAGCAGGAGCAACAAUGCCGAAGCCUUUGCUGCUGGCGCUGCAGCAGCAGCAGCAGCAGCAGCAGCAAGGUUGCUGCUGCUGCAUUCCUUUUGCUGUUGUCUACACCAGUUCAUUAAGACGAACAAUUAGAACAGCCUAUGAGACCCUCCGUGCUGCACUGGGGCCCUCAGCAGCAGCAGCAGACACAGCAGCAGCAGCAGCAGACACAGCAGCAGCAGCAGCAAUAGACGUCCCUGUUGUAGCCUUAGAGGAGACAAGAGAAUGGGCUGGGGGGAAUCAUCAAUGCGACAGCAGAUACCCGCUGCAGCAGCAGACCCUGUGGGCUUCAUCUCUGUUUACACAAAUUUCUUUCCCUUGCGAAAGCGAUGAAGACCCUUUGCCUGCUUCUAUGCCCCGCGAGACUCGCCAGGAGAUUGAUUGCCGCUGUCUCCUUUUCUUAAACCGUCUCAAAGACCUUGCAGAAUCUGUUGCUGCUGCUGCUGCUGCUGCAGCAGCAGCUGAAAAGGACGGGCAGGCGAUUUGCCCUCGCUGCAGCAAGCCGCUGUCUCCAAACUGCAGCAACAGCAACAGCAGCAGCAGCAGCAGCAGCAGCAGCAACGCAGAAGACAACAUUGAUGCCACACCGACCACCACCAGCACCACCCCCAGCAGCAGCAGCAGCACAACCACCACCCCCAGCAGCAGCAGCAGCAGCAGCAGCAGGAGCAGCUGCAUUACCCCUACCAACAUGAGCAGCAGCAGCACCACCACCGCCUUCAACAGCAGCCUGAGCAGCAGCAGCAACAGCAACAGCAGCAGCAGCAGCAGCAGCAGCAGAAUACGGAGAGUAGAGGCCUUAGCGCCCCGCGUGUCUUCUCCUUUUGCUGAGCUGCCUUUAAAACCUGCAGCAGCAGCAGCAACAACAGCAGCAGCAGCAGUAGUAGCAGCAGGAGCAGCAGCAGGAGGAGCAAAGCGAUGGCGUAUCUCGUCUCUUUCUUCUUUGCUGCAGCUGCAUGCGCAGCAGCCUCUUACUGUUCUUCUUUACCCUCCUAAAGAGACAUCAAAAGAAAUUGCUGCUGCUGUGCAGCAGAUUCGAUCGUGGAUUCAGCAGCAGCAGCAGCAGCAGCAGCAACAGCAGCAGCAGCAGCAGCAGGUGAUGGAGGAGGCGCACGCUGUGUCUUUGCCUUUAUGGCCUGCCUUGCAGCAGCAACAAGAGCAGCAGCAGCAGCAACAGCUGCUGCUGCAGCAGCAGCAGCUGUUGACUGAUGGGUUAGACUGCAUUCGUCGCGUCGCAGUAGAAGAGGCUGAAGAGCUGGAAUUUGAAGUGAUUGAGAAGGAGAAGAUACACCGCGAGAACUGUCUCCUUCUCUGUCUUCGUCCUUUUAUUCAAAGUGCAGAGGUUGCGGAGUCUGAUUUACGUCUUUUGCUUGAGGUUGUGCUUCCUAUUGAAGCGGGCCUGCGGCUCUCUUUAUUUUUAUUCAUCCCUUCGCUUUUCUUCGACUAG